GUGAGUAGAGGCCAGCCUCAUUUUGACACAGAGUAUCUCUCUCUCUCUCUGCUUGUCUUCUACAAACCAUGUGGCUCUACCUAGUAUCACUGGUGGGACUGUGGACACUCCUUCGCUUCUUCAGGGAGAGGCAGGUGGUGAGCCAUCUCCAAGACAAGUAUGUCUUCAUCACGGGCUGUGACUCUGGCUUUGGGAACCUGCUGGCCAGACAGCUGGACAGGAGAGGCAUGAGGGUGCUGGCUGCAUGUCUGACGGAGAAGGGAGCUGAGGAGCUGAGGAACAAGACAUCUGACAGACAGAAUUCUAUCUCUGUGAAGAGAUUCCAUGACUGUGGACUCUGGGGCCUGGUCAACAACGCUGGCAUCUCCGUCCCNCUGUUCCUAGGACUCUGGGGCCUGGUCAACAACGCUGGCAUCUCCGUCCCCUCUGGUCCCAGUCAGUGGAUGAACAAACAGAACUUUGCAAGUAUACUGGAUGUGAACCUGUUGGGCAUGAUCGAGGUGACUCUAAGCAUGCUGCCCUUAGUGAGGAAGGCGAGGGGUCGUGUGGUCAACGUUUCCAGCAUCGUGGGCCUAGUGUCUUUUGGUGGUGGUGGUUACUGCAUCUCCAAGUAUGGUGUAGAGGCCUUCUCAGACUCCCUCAGUAGUGCCAGAUUAUCCUCAAAUACCCAGAUGCUGUGGGACCAGACCAGCUCAGAAAUCAGGGAGAUCUAUGGCGAGAAGUACCUGGCAUCCUAUCUGAAAAUGGUAAAUGAAUUGGACAAGAGGUGCAACAAGGACCUGUCUUUGGUGACUGACUGCAUGGAGCACGCUCUGACUGCCUGCCACCCUCGCACCCGAUACUCAGCUGGCUGGGAUGCUAAACUCUUCUUCAUCCCCUUGAGCUACCUGCCCACCUUUCUUGUGGAUGCUGUUUUCUACUGGACUUCCAUGAAGCCUGAGAAAGCCCUCUGAAGUCUUUACCUAUGUGCAUAGUUGGGGAGAUGUAGGGAGUGUAAGGGAGGGAAUUCUUGGGAGGAAUUAGGAGGGUUGAGGGAGGGAGUUUAUUACUCUGGGGUUCUUCAUUUACACACUUCAUCUCAUUAAUUCUCCAAUGAUACUACUCAAGACAGAUGAUGACCAAAGAAAUACGCAAAGAAUUCUGCCAAGGGAUUCAGAUACAAAAGUGCUGGCUGAUGUCCAAGCCCUGAUCAUCAUGGCCUUCCUUGAGGAUCCACACAUAUAAGGAGGUUGGGACCAGCGAGUGCCAAGCACUGCCAUGUGUCCUCCUCUGAAAGAAAUGCACAUGCCAGGGCUAAUUUAAACACCUAUGCAUCAUGGAAGUGUCCCUUCUCUGAAAUCAAAAGUGACCAUGGUGUGGGAUCUGAGAGGAGUCACUGAUGCCCUGGAGUCAGGUUGGCAAGGCCCUUGCCACGAACUCUGGUCAAGUCAGCUUGACAGGCCGGAGGCCUGGAAGCCACUUACGAAACUCACCUCCUGGAGUCCAGUGUUCUCUUUAA